UCAAGAUGGCGGCGUAAGCAGACUUGGAACUCACCUUCUCCCGUGGACACAGCCAAUUUACAACUACUCGUGGAAAAAUUACCCCUGAGACAGAACUGAAAACUGGAUAAGAGGAACUCCUGCAACAAUGGACAAUCCUAACUGAGGUGGAAGAGGCAGAGACUCCCUUCUGGAGAGGAAAAAUGCCGCCUUCACAAGCCGCCAGCGUCACGGCCGCCAGGAGCAGCUCACAGGUACGCAGCCUCCCUGGAGGCGCGGGGCCCUGAGCCGGGAGCGCCCCCGCUGUGGGCAUUUUGUGGACUCAGCACAAUCGAGACCAGCGGCAUAAUAUCUGACUUUGCCUGCUACUAAAGCAUUGGGGCGUACCCCCAGAAAACCCAGUUCACAAAGAAACUAAAACUGGCUCUUAAAGGGCCCACGCGCAAACUCACCCGUUUCAGAAAGCAACCUAAAAUCACCAGAAAGAAAGGUGCACGGUGCUUUGGUGACAAGAGACUCACCUAAUAGGCCCUGAGUGCAUCUCAGUGAGGGGUGAGACCUCUCCAGGGACUGGUUCAUUGGCGGCGGCCAUUGUUGUGGGCUGGUGUGAGCGUGCUGACACAGACGUCAUUGGAGUUCUCCCUGGGGCCGGCUAGCCCAGGGUCUGCCCCACCCGCUAGAGCACCGAUUUAAUCCAGCUCAGCCAGGGCAGGCAGCCCACCCUAGAGACUGGCCCCACCCAACAACAAGCCCUCAGGCAACUUGUGGGCCUGCAUAGGUUGGUGACUGGAUUCUCUGCAGCCUGGCAACUGAGCCAACUUGAGCGGGGCAGGGCGUGCACAAGGAGCAGGUGGAGAGUGUGGGGCGGUGGCGGAGUGUGUGGGGCUCCCGCCCUGGAGAGACUGGGUCCGCUUGGGGAGGUCGGGGCGCUCACACGGGGCAGGACUGUGUUGACUGUGUGUGUGGACCUGUGGGCGGCAGGGCUUGUCAGCUGCAGAAGACUUGUGCUUCUCAAAGACCCACAUAGGAGGUUUGCCCCACCUUCCAAAGCCUGAAACAAUUGGGUGCUCCUGUGCCUGAGGCCAGCCUCACCCAGCUGCAAUCCUCAGAGAGCUGACAAGAGACCUAAUAGGCUAGAGGCUUACAGCAAUUGUAAGGCCCUGAGCCUAACAACCUGCCACGCUGGGGGCCUACUCACUUAAAAGAAAUACUGCAACACAAAUGUGGUAUUAGAACUGGCAGCCAACUGUGCUGGGGCUCCCCACAUCUGAUAAAGAGACUGAAGGGCCCACAACAACUACAAGCAGCUGAGCAUUACAACAGCUGGCCAGGAGCAUAACUCGGCCUCCCUGGGCGCCUACAGGGAGAGCAAACAGGCCACAACAGCAGGACACACGUAGCCCACAUAGGGGUCACCCCUGGAACAUUGAGAACUGAGGGAAGCACAGUAAGAUACAAGGGAAAACUUUCCCUCUGGUCUAAAUAUCAGGAAAAAGUGGGAUUUUUCUAGGACACUGAUUGGUAUUUAUCUUUGGACACUACGUGUGCCUGAUCGCGUUCCUCUCUUUCAGCUAAAUGGAAGAAAGCUCUAGCCAAAUUUCUGGCAAACUUCUAGCAAAUAGAUACGUCUUUGUGACAGGAGAGAGACCAGCCAACCCAGCCCUGUGGUGGGUGAAUGGCAAAGGGAACGAGGUGAAAUGGAGCUUUGGAGAACUGGGCUCCUUGUCCCGAAAGGCCACCAACGUGCUUACCAAGCCCUGUGGCCUAAAGAGAGGAGACCGAGUGGCCGUGAUUCUGCCCCGAAUCCCAGAGUGGUGGCUCAUAAACAUGGCUUGUAUGCGAACAGGGCUCAUCUUCACGCCGGGAAUGACCCAGCUGACGGCAAAAGACAUCCUCUAUCGACUACAAGCAUCCAAGGCCAAGUGCAUUGUGGCCAGUGAGGACGUGGUCCCUGCAGUGGAGUCCAUUGUGUCAGAGUAUCCCUACUUGAAGACCAAACUCCUGCUGUGUCCACACAGCCAGAACGGAUGGCUCAGCUUCCAGGAGUUAUUUCAGUGAGUAUUUGCCCCCACCUCAUCUACAGUACCAGCAAUAACACCAAUCACAGCUACAUCUCGGAGUCUCCUUGCCUCCAAGGACUCAGCAAUACCAUGGGUUGAUCCCAGCUCCCUCCCAGAAAAGAAUCACCUAACAAAAGGUUUUGAAGGACAGAAGGAAGGGAUGUAGCUCUGCCUCCAUUUCCCUGUUUCCUACCAUGGCCUGUCAUGAGUAUCCUGCAUGGCUUGGCCCUUGCGUAACUCAUGGACCACAUCUCCCACCACUCUCUCUGCCUUGUCUCCCUCUGGCUACCCUUUUAUGCCUCCAACAUGCCCCCAGCUCAGGGCCUUUGCACCUGCCGUUUCUUCUGCUAGGAAGAAAUGCUCUUCCUUAGUCCUUUUUACGUUGUCUCCUUCCUGUGAGAUUGCAGCUCAAAUGAUUUCUCCUCAAUGAGGCUGUUCCUGACCACCCUAUCUAAAGUAGAAUUCCAAGCCAUUCGAACACAUCAUCCUGUUGUUUUCUUCAUAGCACUCAUCACUAUCUGAAUAUCACAUCCAUUCAUUUGUUCCCUUUUUUACUCUCUGUUUUCUCCUCUAUGGUAAGGGUUGGCAAAUGAGGGCCCAUGGGCUGAUUCUGGCUUAGCAUCUGGCUUAGUAAAUAAAGUUGUAUUGAAACACACUUCUUUACAUGUUGUCUAUG